UGCUCCUAAUUAGUAGCAAUUACCAGAGCAUUGGGAGCACUUUAAAAGAAGUGCUUCAGGCCCACAAGACCUGACAAGGCUCUCCCAACACCAGCAGGUUUUGGCAGUAAAUCCAAGUGCAGCUACACCCUAUUCUAUCACACCAAAAUGAUGCUGUUGUGGAUUUGUCUGCUGAUUGGAACUACCACCUGUAUUCCUGUGAAGAAUACCUUCUCAUCAGGAAUCGCAGCUCCAGCUGGCGCAGACAACAUGCCACUGUCAGCUCCUGCUUCCUCUUGGGAUUCAGGAAGCGCUGGAAUCUCUGGCCUGGGCAGCAGCUCCUCUCUACCAGGCAGUGCAGGGGGCUAUGUUAGUUUUGGGGCUGGAGCCUACUCAAACCCUGACGUUGGAUAUGGGGCACCUUCUACAGGCUAUGGCAGCAGUGCUCCAGGAAGCAGCAGCUAUGGUGGUUACGAUGCUGGAGCUUAUGAGGGAGAGAGCUCGCAUGGGUUUGUCUCUGCUCCUGGAUAUGAGAGCUGGAGCUCUGGAUCUGCAGCAGGCUACGAUGCUGGUAGUGAAGAGCCUCAGCAGGUCUUCAGUGACGUCUCUGAGCUGGAGCCAGUCUACGCCUUCAGCUCUCGCUCAAGCUACCAGAGAGGAAGAGCAGUGUUUGGCCAAACCCGCUACACCCCAGGAGAGCCCGUUGUCCCACCAAUGCCGAUCUACAGACCCAUCAUCAAAAUCCCUGUACAGCCAAGCGCUCCUGUGAAGCAAAGCCCUCCUGUUAAAGCUCCAACCAAAGGAGGCUACUGAGACUCUCUGGAGUGUUUGAAAAUGUACUACUGCUGCCUGGUCAAAUGCUAAUAAAAUGGGUUUUCAAAAACA